CUUAAACCUUUCGCGCGGGUCGGGUCAGUCUAAAUUCUAAAUCAGUUUGAAGCGCCUUUUGAUUGCUGUCUCGCAUCGAGUCUCCUCCUCCGCGCCCUUCGCCUUCUCCAUUGAAGCAGUUGUUGCUCAGCUCUGUUGAAGAUUACUGGUUGUCUGUUGUUAUGGCUUUCUCCGGAGGUGCAAGGCGGCUCUGUAUAAAGCUUUCGUUGGUUAAUAGUAGUGGCUAUGGGCGGCAUUUUACUACUUCAGCCCGCAAAAGAGCUUCCUCCGAAUCCUCAUUUAUUUCUGGUGAUGCCAAUUCGCAAUUGGGUAUAGGAAUUUUUCUUAGAAGACUCAGCGUCGCUGCUUCAGAUCAAACGAAUCUUAUAAAGCAACUGAGAGAAAGAACGAGCGCUCCUAUCAAAGACGUUAAAGCGGCUCUUGUUGAUUCCAAUUGGGACAUAGAGCUGGCUCAGAAGGAACUGAGGAAGAGGGGAAAGGUUCUGGCUUCAAAAAAGUCAUCUCGAACUGCUGCAGAAGGUUUGCUUGCUCUGGCCCAAAACGAGAACAAGACCGCUGUUAUUGAACUUAACUGCGAAACUGACUUUGUUGCAAGAAACGAGAUUUUUCAGUACUUGGCAUUGUCUUUGGCAAAGCAAGCUUUGUUGGUUGAAAAUGCUUCUCAGCAGGCUUCUGGCAGCUUUCAAGUUGGACCAGAAUCUUUGAAGGACAUGGUGUUAAAUCUUGAGCAUCCAAAGAUCAAUGGAGAAACAACUGUUCAAAAUGCAAUCACUGAAGUGGCUGCAAUAAUGGGAGAGAAUGUAAAACUUAGAAGAGGCUUUGUGAUGACAGCACCAUCUCAGGGUGUCGUAUCUACAUACCUCCAUACCAGUCCCCAACCAGGUUUGGGUCGUAUUGCUGGAAUUUUGUCUCUUGAAGUAGAUGAUAUUAAAACUCAAUUGGAUGCAUUUCAGCGGGUAGGAUCAGAAUUGGCCAUGCAUGUAGUGGCAGCAAAACCAUUAUUCCUAUCAAAGGAACUUGUUUCUUCUGAAGCAUUAGAGAAUGAGCGUGAGAUUCUUAAAUCUCAGGCUGAAGCCUCGGGGAAGCCUCAGAUGGCCAUAGAAAAAAUGGUAGAAGGACGCCUACGUAAAUAUUUUGAGGAAGUUGUGCUUUUGGAGCAGAAGUUUAUCAUAAAUGAUGCUAUGAAUGUAAAGGCGGUGCUGGAUAAUCUAUCCGAGGAAGUGGGUUCACCUGUAAAGGUUGGAAGCUUUUUCAGAAUGGAAGUUGGAGAAGGAAUUGGAAGGGAAGAAGCAGAUGCAUCUGAACCUGUUGCUCAUGCUGUCUGAUUUAUCUAGACGCCUCAAUUAAUGGAUGAAACUUCUGACAAAAGUACAGGUUCAUUUUGAAGGCUUUUGCUCCAAACUCCUCAAUUAAACCUAUGGUUAAAAUUAUCACCCAGUAAAGUUCUGAGGUAUAGAAUCCUGUUGAAAAGUUUUGCCCCAUGGUGGUGGACUCCACUCCUUUUUGUUUGUAUCAGGACGGUUUCCCUUGUAUUUUUCUGAGAAGCCGUAGUGGGAAAGCUGGUAGUUCAUUGGGAUGUUUGUUUCGUAGUUCUCACUUUGAUUAGUAACGUUGGCUCUUUCAGCUCCUCUUUAGAAUGAAUAAAUGAUUGUUUCUCAAAAUCA